AUGUGGACUGGUGUGUGGUGGUCUACAGUACAGCAGGAUAAGCUUCCAGAUGAUGCCACCAUCGCACCGGUCAUUAUCGCCACAGACAAAACUCAUCUCACACAGUUCUCCGGUAACAAAUCAGCCUAUCCAGUCUAUCUUACUCUGGGUAAUAUCCCUCGCUCCAUACGACGAAAGCCAUCACAACAUGCCUGCAUCCUCAUCGGCUACCUUCCUGUCGACAAAAUUGACUCUGAUAACCUAACAAAAAACGAGACCAAGGCCCGAGGGCAACGUCUAUUCCAUGAGGCUAUGCGCCACAUUCUCCAGCCACUUGUCCAAGCUGGCACACAUGGCGUUGAGAUCACCUGUGCAGACGGUUGGGUCCGGCGAAUAUACCCUCUCCUUGCAGCCUAUGUUGCCGACUACCCGGAACAGUGUCUUGUCACCUGCGCCAAACCUGGUACUUGCCCCAAGUGCCGUUGCCCUUCA